AUGAGAUCUAGGAUACGUCUGAAACGUCAUAGACCGGAAGACGAAUCGUUCAUCACAAUACGUUGGAGUUGUGAGAAAUUGGGACAACAAUCCGAAGAAGGCAUAUUUUUCAUCGAACCCAAGGCACAUUUCAAAAUACUCUUUGGCUGUGCGUCAACCGCACCAACAGAGGCUAUAGCUUCCAGAAGCACACGUUCGGUUCGCUCUAAUAAAGAGCCUCAAAUUUCUUCUUGGGCAGCUAGUUCUUUUGGUUCAGGAAUAAGAGACCGAGUUCUUCUUCCUGUUAAAAGGAUGCCAGACUCCUCCACCGUGGACGAUGUAUUGUUUCCCUCGUUUGCGGAGCUGGAAGACGAACUACAUCACUUCCAUAGUGUUGAAGCUACGAUCGACGACGACUUGUUAUCGUCCAACAAUAAUGCUUUAUCGACCAAUUAUUCAUCUGUCACAAUAUCAAGCCAGACAACCAUGGAUAUCACGCAUCUCACCUCGAACUCGCUUGCAACUCUCAGCAACGAUUCCCGGGGUAUUCCUUCCACUAGGACGACCCUUUCUGACGAAUUUUACAAUAGCGGCUUUACCCACUCUCGCCCGGAAGUAUCGAGAGGAGAAAUAUCUCAUUCAACUUCAAUUGAUAGAUAUUACAGCCAGACUCGGUGGCUUGAGCAACCUCCACAUGAAGAUCCCCAAUCAUGGGUGCGUCCUCAAAUUACGACGCCUCAUGCUUCAGCGGAUCAAUCUACACCACGGACUGCUUUUCAUGUUACUUGCUAUGAAAACUUAACACCCAUGGAUCAGGCUAUGCUAGAUGAUGCGCGCAGAGCCGCCGAAGAGGAGACAAGGGAAUAUUGGAUAUGGGAUGAAACGUAUGAGAGGUUUAAACAUUACGACCCAGGUUGUGCAGAGCCUGUGUGGUACAAUCCACCAACUUGA